CUCGCCCAUCAUGCCUCAGAAGAAAAUUCGCUGCACCUUCAAGGAGUGCAAGGAUGCUGCCCAGCGCAUCGUUGGUGACUGCGGGUUCUGCAGCGGCCACUUUUGUGGCAAGCACCGCCUCCUCGAGGACCACAAGUGCUCAGGCUUGGAAGACGCCUUGUUUGCUAACUUGUUCGUCGCUAUAGUGCAAGAAGCAAUCCCACGAGCGCAACGCUGCCCAGCUUGAAUCCGAGCGCACGCAAGUCAUCCGCGGAGUAUAGGCACACCCUUGGCUAUCACGAAUCUUACACUCCAUGGCGAGCCUGACUGGGUUUCGCGCCAUCACACUUCCAGUCGAGAUGCUGCGAGUCGGCCUAACCCCCACACGACCGGAUGCAGCUUGGACAUCGUCCAUGGCUGUGAAGCAGUCUGGUGCGCGAGGCGGACAUGAUACUCACUGCACGUCUUCAUAUUCCGGGACCUCUGCACGGCACGAUGGUCCUUUUCUUUUCCCGACACAGUUCCUGCGAGGACUCGAUGAAGUUCGCGCAAAGUGCAGAAGCACCGGUGGCGAUGAGCUGCGGUGGCGACGACAGCGCUGCCAUGUUUUUCGCCUUGUCCUUAUUGUUUUCUGCCUGCACACAACCCGGAGCGGCGUGUCUCGAUUUCCAUACGGCAAUGUGUAUAAUAUCUUCCACCUUUAGGAUAGUUCCGGCUUUUGCACUUCUUCCGCACGGCGUACCGGCGUAUGGUUCAUUUUGAGCGGCCGC